AAAAAAGAAAACAAAAAUUCUUAGAAAAAAUGUGCGUGAGGAAAAUUCCUAAUUUAAGAUUAUGGGUUACGCAUGGCAGCGUGCCUGUUAUUUUUUUUUUUCCUGGAACACCUGCUGUUUUCGCCAAAUUUGUCGCUUCCGUUUCUUAGUCAUUUAAUUUUUUGUCUGACGUCAUGCAGCUGACAGGUGACUAACACGUUGGGCUGAAACUUGCGCCGAGGAAAUGGACGAAUUCAACUUUACAGGUUCGAAUGUUAUUAUCACUCUGCAUGUUUUUAUAGAAACUAGUAUUUUAAAUUGUGGUUUGAAUUUUAUUGGAGCAGAACAUCAACACGUCAGGUAUAAUCCUCUCAAAGGUGAAUGGAUUUUGGUGUCCCCUCAUCGUCUUAAGAGACCAUGGAGUGGCCAGGUAGAGGCAACCCAUGAAGACGAAAUACCUCCAUUUGAUCUCAACAAUCCUCUCUGCCCGGGAGUCAACAGACCCAAUGGAGAGAAAAACCCAGAAUAUGAUUCAACCUUUGUCUUUGACAAUGAUUUUCCUGCCUUGUUGCCCGACAUCCCAGAAGCAGCAGCUUCCAAUCAACCAAAUGAAGAACUGUUCAAGUUUGAACCUGCCAGGGGAACUUGCCGUGUGAUGUGCUUCCACCCUAAAUCAGACCUAACGAUUCCACUGAUGAGCAUAGAAGAAAUCAAGGCCAUUGUUUAUGAAUGGAUUAAGCAAGGAACUGAAUUGGGUGUCAAGUACGAUUGGGUGCAGAUCUUUGAAAAUAAAGGCGCCAUUAUGGGAUGCUCGAACCCACAUCCGCACUGCCAGAUCUGGGCAUCGUCUUUCAUGCCCAACGAGCCGAGGAUCAAAGAUUCGUACCAGCGGGAAUACUACGAGACCCACGGCCGACCUUUGCUGCUCGAUUACAUCAAUGCCGAGUUGAAGAAGCAGGAACGGAUCGUCGUUCAGAACAGCCACUGGCUAGUCGUAGUUCCUUGGUGGGCUAUCUGGCCGUUUGAAACGCUGUUGUUACCACUCCGUCACGUGAUCCGGAUGUGUGAUUUGACGUCGGAGGAGAUCCACUCGUUGGCUGAAAUAAUGAAACGCCUAACGAUCAAGUACGACAACUUGUUCCGGACAAGUUUCCCAUAUUCCAUGGGCUGGCACGGGGCUCCCACUGGCCGCAAGGCUCUUUCCAACAAUCAACAUUGGCAGCUGCACGCCAUGUAUUACCCACCGUUACUUCGAUCUUCGUCCGUCAAGAAAUUCAUGGUCGGGUACGAGAUGCUCGGCCAGGCCCAACGAGAUUUAACUGCCGAGCAAGCGGCUCAAAAACUGUUCAGUCAACCGGACGUUCAUUACAAAGCCGAUGUAAAAUAAAAAGAAGGGCUCCUUCUCAUCGGCGGCUCUGCCGUAGUACUCUUAUGUCGAGUCAAUGAAGAAAACCACAAGAGUUUGCAUGCGGUUUCCUGGCAUUAUACACUACAGUUGCUAUGCGGUGCUGGGCUAUCUAUAUAUAUAUGGAGAAAGCCCAUCCGGAAAUAAACGAAUUGUUUAUUGA